GUUUUAGUGAUAUUAUUGGUUUCGGAAACCACACAAGAAUCGUCUGUGGGGGGACAAACUGCCUCUCUCUCUCUGCACGCAAGGAACAUACUGUAUCGUAUCUUAAAGGAGGUGGCACUUUUCGGUUAUAUUCACGUAAUGUAUGCAUCAGAUCGGUGACUAUUCGAUCUAAGUAUAUCAGUUUUAUUUGGUAUAUUUUAUUUUUCUGUAUUGGCAUUGUCAUCAGGUUGGGUUAAGCUCCCUUCCUUAUGUUCGUAAUUUCGCUUUUCUUGGUUUAGAUGCCUGUAAAUUAGGUUAAUUCCCAAAUUAACUUAUGUUUUGCUGACCAUUUUCAGAAGGUAACACCAACUUUCAAUAUUUACUCUUCAACUUCCAUUCCUUUAAUGUAUAACCUUUCUGAAAUUGCGAAUAUGAUCAGAUGUACGCAUAUUCUUCGGAUAUGUUCAGAUCGCGAAUAUCCGCGUAUUAAAUAAUGUAUAAAAGUUCAAAACUAUUGGUCGUAUCGUUGUUUGCAUUUUGCCAGAAGAAUACGAACUAUUUAAUGACUAUCUUAAAAAAAUCAAUUCAAAUGUUUUGAACGUAUCAAAUAUAAAGUGAUUUUCUCCUCGCGAUAUUAUGACUUCAUAUGAUUAACUGUUUUCAUGUUACUGUACAUUUUAUUUACAAAAUGGUUAAAAAAUAAUAUUACUGUAGGAUUUUCUGGACUGAAAUUAAGUAAUGUUGUAAUUAUUCAGAAAAAAAAUAAACUAUUGGUCUCUCGGACACAACACACUUUAACCAGUCUAAUUGCGUUUAUUACCCAUAUAACGUCAAUAACGCAAUUUGUACCCUAAUUAUUAGUGUUUUUUGCCUUAGAAAAUUGUUCCUUUUAAAAAGGCUAUUCGGUAAACAGGGUCUUUAUUAUACAUGGUAUUCGUUAAACAGGGUCUUCAUUAUACAUGGUAUUCGUUAAACAGAGUCUUCACUAUACAUGGUAUUCUUUAUACAGGAUUUUCAUUAUACAUGGUGGGGGCGUAUUAUCAACGAUCGUACGCGCAAAUAUUAUCGUAAGUUUGUCGUACGUCAAAUUUACGAUCGUAACCGCGUCUUACUAAGAUUCGUAAACUUACGAUUAUCUUAACUGGUGCGUUAAAGUUACGACAGGUGAAACGCUCUCGUAAAUUUCGUAAAUAUGGCGGCGUUGUUUGUUUUCGGCCAAAGAAAAAGAAAACAACGCACCUUUAAGGAUCGCAUUUCAUCCUUAGAUCAUCUGUCAGAUGUGGAGGUUGUGGACCGAUAUAGACUCUCACGAAUCGCCAUUAUUUAUUUGGAAGAUAACCUAAGAAAUGACCUUUCACCUCCUACAAACAGGUCACAAUCGGUAUCGUCUAUGACGAAGGUGCUGGUUGGGCUUAGAGUUCUGUCUAAAGGAAAUUUCUUAUCAGAGGUAGCCGACCUGCACGGCAUAUCUAAGCAAACAGCGUCAAGGGUGUUGCAUGAGUUUGUAGACGCUGUCAAUCGAAAUAUUGACAAUAUAAGAUUUCAAAGAACACAACAAGAAUUGGCAGAAGCAAAACUUGGCUUCUACAAAAGAUGCAAAAUUGCCAAUAUCGUAGGUGCAGUCGACGGAACACUCGUCCCUAUCAUUGCCCCGAAAGACAGUGGCGAAGCCUACAUAUGCCGGAAAGGAUUCCAUGCUAUAAAUGUUAUGGCUACAUGUAGCCACGACAGAAGGUUCAUCGACAUUGUCGCCAAGUGGCCAGGGUCGCAGCAUGAUUCUUCCGUCAUGAACACCUCGUCGUUGAAGGAACACAUGGAGAGUGAGAGGCCAGGGAUGCUGCUGGCUGAUAGCGGUUAUCCACUCACUAACAGCCUGCUAACUCCGCUUGCUAAUCCCGUAACGCCUGCUGAAGCAAGAUAUAACAACGCGCAGAGCAAGGGAAGGAUGGUUAUCGAGCAGAGUUUUGGAAUCCUGAAAGGAAGGUUUCGGUGUGUUAUCUCAAUCCUAUCACCAUACACCUCAUCGAACACAGACUUUAUAGUUGAACCUUAUUUUAGAAUUGAACACUCUUCAUGAACACUUUUGUGUGAAAUUGAACGUAGUUUGUUUGUUCCAUUUCCUUUAAUUUAAAUAGUUUGUGAUCGUUUUGUGUUAAUACAUGAUGCAAAGUAUAAUACAAAUGAAUGUGUGAACUUACUAAGUGAUGUAAAAGUAAACAACAAAUAUGCAGUAUUGUGACCUUUACAUGGAAGUUAUUGGUUGCAAAUGGACUGAACAUGUUGCCCUGAUUAACAGAGUGAUCAUUUUGUACAAGUAUUACAAUUAACUGUUAUUCAAGUCAUAUAUGUAAUUUAUGCAAUUGAUAUGAAUUGUCAAAAUGGAACAAAGAACAAAGAAAUGCCAAAACAAAUCAUUCGUUUUCCAAAGUCCCUUUUUAAUGCUGGCAUAUCCGCAAUGUUAACACAUUUGUAAACAUUCAACAAGACGGCGUUUUAAAACAACGCAUUAAAGACAUAUUUUUUAUUCCACCAUGCAAUUUUGCAAACCUAAGAUUUGAGCUAAUUUGCUAAUUAUUUAACAAAUAGGAUCAAUUUUCAUACUUAUCAGAGAUGU